AAAUAACGAUAAACAUAAUAAGAAAGGAAGAGAUAAAAUAUGAUUCUACAGAUAAUCAUACCCCCCCUUCUAUCCCUAUACAAAACAAAUAAACGAACAAACUGACACGAGGAAUUGAGUUUUUCCAACUCAAAGGACUCGGAAUAAUAUUCACCUAUCCAUAUUCCCGAAGUGGAAGGAAACCCCCCUUCCAUCGAAUUUCUACCCCGAAUCAUCCUCAUACCAUUCUCUCGUAUCUCUCAACUCACUAACUAAAAGAAAAUAGACAACUCUCUCAUCAUACAGCCACUCCAACCCCCUCUCCCUUCCAUUCUUCCAAACCACGAAAGUUCCCUCAAUCUGCCUCAGACUUCUUCUCGCUGUAUAUUAGCACCCGCUCCCUGUGAAGUACAAGCAAUAACUGAUAAAGGUUCCUAUGCCAGUAUUGAUAAAGGCCUUGAAAAGUACACUUGAAUAUUCCAAUAAUGAUCGAAAUUCUUUAUCAAACACGGUAUUGAACAGAAAGAGAAGGAAAAAAAGUAAGAAUAAUACAAUUUUUGAAUAAAAAAGUAAUUAAAACAAACUCAAUAUCAAAAUCCCAAAGAAACGCGUCUGCGUUCACCAACGUGAAUCUUCACAACCUCGCCCCGCCCUUAUCAAUCAAUUAUGGCGGCUAAUAACACUGAAACUAUCACCACAAAAAGUUCGAGGCCCAAGAAAAUCAUUCUUGAUAUCUCAGCAUCAUUUUCGCUAUCUGACAUUUCGACCUCGAAGGUUGAGGAAUCUGAAGGCUUGAAAUUUGGAUUUAAUAGUACAUCGGCGAUACGAAGAGUGAGUAAGAAGAAAGCAUCUCCAUCGACGAAAUCGAAUAUCGGAACAUCUGCCUUUGCAGCCGCGAUUGCGUCUGCGCCUACGACGACUGAGGAAUCAAAAGGUAUCGCCAUACCUGCGACCUCUACUGCGAUUGUCCCCAUACCCGCUACUAUCGAUAAAGAAAGCGACUGGAAAUCGGAGGCAGUUAUAGAUUCAUUGGAUCCGAAUAUGCCGGGCAUACCAAGCGCAGAAAAUCGAUCUUCUCUGGUCGCAAACGCAACCACGAUGAUAGCUUCUCCGAUCCUGGCACAGGUGCAGCGUAUGCAAAGUGUACGUUCUGCAUCUACUCAGGAAACUCCUGCUUCAUCUUCAUCUCAAUCUCCCAAACCAAAACCCUCCCAAUCGCAACCCAAACCUGCUCGCACAGCGACGAAAUCCACGAAAUCUGAGCUUCCCCUCAAAGCCCUAAACCAGUCUAUAACCUCGCGUUUGACCACGCCGGCUGGCGCGCGCUCGAUGGGUAGAGGAAAGGGAGAGAAACCUUUGCCGGGAAAUUAUCAGAGUGUAGCGAGGAGAGUGACGAUGACGAUUGUAGCGUUGCCUAUAUUGUUUGUUACGAGCUGGGUGCUUUGGGAUAGAUUAGUUCUAGGUCAGGAGAAAAAAUCACUUCUCCGCGAACCGCCUAUGGUACCUGGACCACCAAUGGCUGCGGAGAUGGAAGCGCGGAAUAAUAGGGAAUAAUCGAGUGUGGGUUUAACUGUGAGUAGAGGAUAUCAUGCAAUGGUUUGUCGUUUUAUGAAGGGUGAAUGUGAUGAAUACAUGUAUUGUGGUGAUGGAAGGCCCAUCUCCCAAUGAAAAGUCUGGUUAUUUAUGGAUGAAUGGACAAUGGGAUGGGAGUUUAUUUUCGGAUGAAAUGGCAUGAAAAUGGCAUGAAAAUGGCAUGAAAUAAUGUUUGAUACCCCCUUCAUCAGAGAUUAGAAUCAUUGUUUGAAGCAGUUGCAUGUAUCCUAGUGGAUGCGCGUUUAGAUCACUGAAAACUUGGAGGUUGGAUGCACCGGUCUG